AUGGCAGAAGCCAAAACAGGGGGCAGCAUUGCUCGGGUGGCGAGCAUAUCGGGCACUUGGGUGAACUUCCCGCAGCUACAGGCUGGGUACAACGCUUCCAAGGCGGCUGUUAUUAUGAUGAAGAAUUCUUUGGCUGUGGAAUGGGAUCGGUAUGGGAUUACGGUGAAUACCAUCAGCCCCGGCUAUAUGAACACCAUUCUCAACAAGGGAGAGGGACUUUAUGAGGCGAAGAAGAUUUGGCUGGCCAGGAACCCGAUGGGGGGGAUUGGCGAGCGGGAAGCCACAUCACUGGGGCAGAUAUCGUUGUGGACCGUGGCCCAGUCUUCUGCCACGUGGCUACCCCGUGGCUACCCGGUGGCUUAA